UUAUUCACCUGAUGUGUCCUACAGUCAUUGGUUCAACUCUCACAUACUUGCAUGCAACAGGUGUGUACAGCAGGAGAUAAAAGGCUCUGGUCACGAAAGCUUGUGUUACCACUGAGAGAAGAGAGGAACACUGCAGAGAUGUCGUACUUCUUCUUGUCUGCAGAGACAUGGACUCUGCUGGUUGCCCUCAUUACACUGUUGUUUGUGUACUCCUGCUGGACACAUGGGACAUUUAAGAGAUUAGGCGUCCCUGGUCCCUCACCUGUCCCUUUUUUUGGCACUAUGUUGGCAUACAGAAAGGGAUUUUUUAACUUUGAUGUGGAGUGCUAUAAGAAAUAUGGGAAAAUGUGGGGCAUUUUUGAUGGUCGUCAGCCCGUGCUGUGCAUCACUGAUCCUGCCAUGAUAAAAACUAUUCUGAUAAAGGAGUGUUACUCUUUCUUCACCAACCGCAGGAAUUUCCGUCUGAAUGGGCCACUGUACGAUGCUGUGUCCAUUGCAGAGGAUGAUCAGUGGAGGAGGAUCCGCAGUGUCCUUUCUCCCUCCUUCACCUCCGGGAGACUGAAAGAGAUGUUUGACAUUAUGAAGAAGCAUUCAGCCGUCCUGAUCAGCAGCAUGAAAAAGAAAGCAGAUAAAGAUGAACCUCUGGAGCUGAAGGAGUUCUUCGGACCCUACAGUAUGGAUGUAGUAACCAGCACUGCCUUCAGUGUGGACAUCGACUCACUCAGCAACCCCUCAGACCCGUUUGUCACUAACAUCAAAAAGAUGCUUAAGUUUGACCUUUUAAGCCCCAUCUUUCUCACCAUUGCCUUCUUUCCCUUCAUGGGUCCCAUAAUGGAAAAACUAGAGUUUUCAUUUUUCCCUACAUCUGUGACAGACUUCUUUUACGCUGCACUACAGAAAAUCAAGACUGAUCGUGAGACCACCAAGCAAAAGACUCGAGUGGACUUCCUCCAGCUAAUGAUUGACUCUCAGCAAAACAAUAACUCUAGUGGUAAAGCACAGGAUAAAGGUUUGACUGAUCAUGAGAUUCUUUCCCAAGCGAUGAUUUUCCUCUUUGCUGGCUAUGAAACAACCAGCAGCUCUCUCACUUUCUUGUCUUACAAUUUGGCAACAAACCCUCAGGUGAUGAAAAAGCUGCAGGAGGAGGUGGAUGCAACCUUCCCAAACAAUGCUCCUGUUCAGUACCAGGCACUAAUGCAGAUGGAGUAUCUCGACUGUGUCGUCAAUGAGUCCCUCCGAUUGUACCCCAUUGCUUCACGUUUGGAACGUGUGGCCAAGGCGAGUGUGGAGAUAAAUGGCUUUGUGAUUCCCAAAGAUAUGGUUGUCAUGAUCCCCACCUGGCCGGUGCACCGGGACCCCGAGAUUUGGCCUGAACCAGAGAAAUUCAAACCUGAGAGGUUCAGCAAGGAAAACAAAGAGACAAUUGAUCCGUACACAUACAUGCCUUUUGGAGCAGGUCCAAGGAACUGCAUUGGGAUGCGAUUUGCCCUGAUACUGAUGAAACUUGCAAUAGUGGAGAUCCUCCAGAGGUACAGCUUCUCUGUGUGUAAGGAGACUGAGAUCCCCAUUGAGCUGGACAUCCAGGGCCUGCUACAGCCAAAACGACAAAUCAAACUGAAGUUGGUGCCACGCUCUUAAUCUUCCUGCUUUAAGAAGAUGAAAGUUUCUCAUUUUAAUAUUGCCAGUUUUUGUACUUGCACCAGUCUGCAUCUUUUUCCUGAAGUGAGUGACAGAUGAACCAGUAACAAAUGUGUUGAUUUUUCUACUCUGUGCUGUCAUUCUGAUGCACUACAAACAAAAGCCAUGUGAUUUAAAUUUGGUUGCACACAAGUGCUCUGUUGUAGUAAUAUAGUAAUGUUAGGUGUUUAUGAUGGGGCCUGACCAUUUACGACUUUGCAUGCAAAAAAAUUAUUUUUUUAAGCUGAUUUCUGGAUGUAAGAGGGAACCAGUAAAGACAAAAUAUAAAUAUGGAGGGCAUUUCUAGAGCAAUCAGGGAUUUAGCCCAUAUGGAUGAUCUUUUUUUAGUAUGGGCUGAGGCUUUAUGAUAACAUACUGUAAAGACAGAGCAGCAUAACUAAACUUAUGUUAUCUAAAGCAGAGGUCAUCAACUACAUUUGUGCAAGGGCUGGUAUUUUUCUCGGCAGACAGUGUGAGUGCCAGAUGUUCUCGUAAAGUAAAAUAAAAUUAAUAUUGUAUCCUAAGUAAUACAUAAUUAUUUGAUAUAAAUUUGAUAUAUAAUUUUUAUUUUUAUUUUUUUAAGCCUGUCAUGUCUGGCGAUUUUUUAAAAUCAGAAUGAUGAUCUGAAUGCACUGUUGUACCAAACAUAACUGCUUUUACAAGAAGAGCUCUAUUUGUUUUCUAAAUUCUUGUUAAUGUUUGUAUUUCUUUUUUUAUUUUAUUUAUUCAUGCCAGGUCUGACAGGCAGGUAGGGAGGGGAAAGAAGAGAAAGAUAGACAGAGAAUGGGAAAAGGAUAGUUAAAUUUAAAAAAAAAAUUAAAAUUAAAAAAAUGGGCAGAACCAA